AUGAAGCUGUCAAGUGCCAGAAGCGCAAUCACGGCUGGUUUGAUCACCUCCAACUUGGUCCAAGGUCUCGCUGUGAACUCGAAUGUGGGGUCUCAGAGAGUAUUACAGUCUAGCGAGACCUUUCAGGGGCCACUAAGUGAGACAUCGAGCUCUAUCCAGCUUCGUCAUGAUGAUGAGGUCCAGUACGAUAUCGGUGGGAUCCCUUACUAUUCGCCGAAUAUCCCGGUGGUGACGGAUCUUUCUCUCAAACUGAACUCAUCCUACGCUCCAGUCCAUAUUGUUCCGGUUCGAAGCAGCAUUGGGACCCUCACACGGGAUGACGUAUCGAGGGUCAUAAACAACCAUCUGAAUCAAGACGACGUCCUCAGCAAGUCCUGGCUCGAGAAUGUCAUUCUCACUCGAGCAAGCGAAGGUGGCGCUGCUACGCUGUCUAUAGAGCUCAAUAACGCCGACAUGUCUGCUCUCAAAUCCGAGUUUGGGAUCAAGAAUAUCUUCAUUGGGGAUGAUACCAACCUUCUCGCAAACGAAAAUGGACUGGCUUCGGUGCAAAGGCUCUCUGCUUCGGAUAUGUCGAGACUGGAGGGGCUUCAAGGCCCAUACCUAGUGAGGGGCGGGUAUCCAGGAGGCUCCUCCAAGAUCCUGCCGGUUUACCGACUAUACUCAGACAACUACCGCUCUUUCGUCUAUGGUUCAGUGCCUUCCCUCGAGGGCUCGCACCGCGCUGUGAGACUAGUCGAUGACAAGGGCUACAGCCUCAUUCCUGUUCCAUCGAGACUCUAUGCAAAGUGCGAGGAGGAGGACAACGGAGUCUGCGGCCGCCGAAUAGGUGUCAAGGAUAUCUACGAUAUCAAAGGUCUCGUUACUUCAGCAGGAAGUAGGCUAUCGGGCGAGCUAUACGGUAAAACCAAUAGCACCGCUCCUGCGGUGCAAAAGCUCAUCGAGCUCGGUGGACUUGCUGUCGGCAAGACGAAGACAGCCAGCUUCGCAGUGGGAUCGAUGGGUCUCGCAGUCCCUUCAGCCCGCGUGGCGAUGGCUGGCUUACCUGCCUCGGAUCCUCAUCGGGCUCGGCGUGCGCCAUGGCAGCCUACCCCUGGCUGGACUUUGCCGUCGGAUCUGACACAAGUGCCGAGCUUUGGUGCCAUAUCGCUUGAGAAUGUCCGGCCAUUCAUUGAUCGUCAGGACACAGCAGGAAUCCUCGCUCGGGACACUGACACGUUCAGUAAGGCUAUCAAAUCAUGGUAUGAGGAUUCACCGUUGGAGUUGAGAUCCUACCCCAAGCUACCUAAGCAGAUCCUCGUAGAUAUAGAUGAAGGGGAGCGACUCAAUGACGAACACAACGUCAUCGUCAGGAAAUUUCUCAACGAGACGAGCCUCGCGCUAGGCAUCCCAGUGGUCCCUAUCAAUAUGACAGAGGCUCUUCAGGCUGAAAACUUUUCCUGGGGCGGAAUACAGACGGAAUUCUUUGGGGAGAGCAAGCAUUUUGGAUGGUAUACCUGGGAUCGGAACGGGAAACAAUUUUACGCAGACUACGCUGCCAUCAACGACGGACGACUGCCCGCUAGUGAUCCACUCAUUCGUACUCAUUUCAAGAGAGGUUUCCACGGAAAUAUAACUGAAGAAGGUUAUCUCGCGCCAGUCUCAGAAGUUGAGAGGUUUACCUCCUUUAUCAACGACAAACUACUAGUCGAGGAUGACGACAGCUGCUCACAGAGUCUGUCAACCAAUCACGGGCUGAAUUCCAAUCUCCCAGCUUUAUCUACCCCUCGUUCUUCAACGGUGUGCCUCUCUAUAGGGAGAGUGGACUCGGUGAUCCUUCAGUGCUGCGCAGACACAGCUCUGCCCAUAGGUCAGACACGAUACCAAAGCUUGAUUUCGGAACAUGAGGAGAUGUUGCCAGUCGCUGUAGACAUCGUUGCCCGCAAGGGCUGCGAAGAGAAGGAUGCUGAAAAGCGACACCAUUGUCAGUUUCGUCGUCGCCGACCUCAUAACCCAGCUGGCCGAGUGCGGCGUGCUCAAGAGCACCAAGACGGGACGCACGGCGUUCUGAUCGGGGUUCACGGCGUCAAUAGAGACUUGAAGACGAUUUACCUUUGUGGAUAA